CUAUCGAACCGCGCAUUGCCUAUCGGAGAGUGCGAGACUCUAGCGUGUGUUUGUUGUUUGCCAUUUUGCUGCGCUGAGGACGGCUUAUUGAAAGUUGAUAACAAAAUCUAUUGUGUGUGCGCGCAGACUUUUAUUGUUGCUAAUUGAAAAUGUCGGCUAAGCGCAAGGCAGGUGGUAACGGCGCCGGACCCAACAAGCGUCGCCCCAAGAAGAAGGAAUCGGACUACGAAGAUGACUUCAGCGAUGAAUCCGAUGAGGAUGUGCCGCAGCAGCUGCAACAAUCUGGCAACCAAAUGGAAGUGCUCAUUGCGCACGAUGAGUUGGAUCCGCCGAGUAAGCUGCCUGAAGACUUGCUGGCUACGUUGGACAAGACGCCCGGGCAAUUGCUGGUGGCCGGUAUGGUGACUUGGGAUUUAACCGGCAAGCGGGAUCGGAAGAAUGUCUCCAAAGUGCGUCCUAAUCUGUACAGCUUCCACCGCUUUACGGAUGAGAAGUAUCGUCACGUGGCUAGCGGUCCAGCCGCCGCGCAUACUAUACUUGUUAACAUGGACCGCAAGGCGUUGGGCUUUGGACGCAAUCCGAGCGGCCAAUUGGGCUUAGGUCCCGACGUCAAGCUGUGCGAGAAACCCACUCUCAUUACAGCUCUCGACCAGGUUAAUAUUGUGCAAGCCGCCGUUGGGCGUCAUCACACACUCUUUCUCACCGAUACAGGCACCGUCUACGCCUGUGGCGAGAAUAAAUCAGGGCAAUGUGGUGUAGGUAAUACACAUGCCAAUAUUACCACACCGACGCCCAUCAACUAUCGUGGUGCACCGAUCAUACGUAUUGGUUGCGGCGCCGAAUUCUCCGUCAUUCUGGACAUUAAGGGAAACUUGCAUACAUUUGGCUUGCCCGAAUAUGGCCAAUUGGGUCACAAUACAGACGCCAAGUACUUCGUAAAUGCUAACAAAUUGUCAUUCCACUUCGAGACAUCGCCUAAAAAGGUCGUGCUGUACAUUGAAAAGAGCAAGGAGGGUCAUGUUACCCCCGUCGAUGGUGUGCAGAUCGUGGAUUUUGCUUGCGGCAACAAUCAUACGGUGGCCAUUGAUUCCAAGAAGCGCGUCUACAGCUGGGGCUUUGGCGGUUUUGGCCGUUUGGGACACGCCGAGCCCAAGGAUGAAAUGGUGCCGCGUUUAAUGAAAUUUUUCGAUGCUCAAGGCCGUGGGGCACGUAGCGUCUUUUGUGGUUCUACAUUCAGUUUGAUUGUUAAUGAACUGGGUGUGCUAUUUCUAUUUGGACAAAAUAAAAAAACAGGCGAGGCGAAUAUGUACCCCAAGCCUGUCCAAGAUUUAGCUGGCUGGAAUAUUACUGCCAUUGGCUGUGCCAAUACUUCCAUUAUGAUUUCGGCUGAUGAUACGCUUAUUGCUUGGGGAGCUUCACCCACAUUCGGUGAGCUAGGCAUUGGUGAAUUUCAGAAAUCUUCGACGGUGCCCAAAGAGGUGCCCAAAAUGGAUAAUGUUAAAAUACCUCAGGUAGCUAUGGGCUAUUCGCAUACUGCUUUAAUUGUGGAUACGUCGCAUGAGGCCACCAAGCAGAAAUAUGACAAAAUGCCCGAAUAUACUAUUGAUGAUUAGAAUUGGAAAACAAAAAACCGAAAGCAAUUGAAUGCAACAAAAAACAGUAACAAUAACAGUACAUAACGUAUACCGCUGCCAACAACAACAAAAAACAAUACUGCUCUAUAUAUAUUUACUAUAACUACAGUUAGAGUGUACAACUAAAAAAAUCUUGAACUGAUCAACGAAACGUCGCUGCUACUUACUGCAAAAGCAAAAGAUUACUAAAAUCUACGCUAUAGGUUAAUGGGUCGUACUCAGCCAACCCACCCCCGAAUGCUAAUUUAAAAACACACUAAACUAUAUCUUAAAUAUGCACAUGAGAUUAUCAUAUGCACUAUUGUGCAUUGAUGAUUUUGAAUACUUUUAAUAUUUGUAAUAAUUUAAUGUUCUAUUUAUUGUAAAUUCGGUCACUUCUAUUUAUUGCUGUAUCUUUAUGCCCGCCCAUUUAGGCUUAAAUUUGUUCAUGAUUCCAUUAUAUUUGAUCGAUACAUACCGUUUUAGUUCUAAGUCCCAGAACUUACACAGUAUUUUUUUCAACACAAUAUAACACAAUCCUAUAGCAUGUAUUUAAAUGCAUGUAUAUGUAAGUCGAAAAAGUAUACCAGAAAAAAGCGCAAGAGUUGCAACUAAAAGAAUCAUGCAUUUUAAUCAUAAACAAAAAUAUUUAAAUAAACUCAUGUUAGUAUGUAUUUAAAAUAAUA